AUGGGUCAGACGCCGUUGUUUCAUGGACGAUGUGUGAAGACCGACCAGAUUGACCUUGGUCUUGUGGCUGGCUGGAUUGAAGAGUGCUACAGCACGCAUGGAAAGUGCAAGAGCGCCCGAGAGACCGUCGAGGGAGACACGCUGGGUAUCAAGCUGCCGCCAGAAUCUUUACUCCUUGAUGCUGAGGAGCAGUGUUUGGUCCAAGCUAAGCCUGGACAGAGAUAUGCUGCACUGAGCUACGUCUGGGGGGCGGCGGAGCAGUACCUCCUUACGACGGACAAGCUUGACUCACUGCGUCAGGCUGGAUCUCUGGCUGGCUUGAAAUUGCCACUUACCAUUCAAGACUCUUUAGACUUGGUCAAGGUCGUUGGUCUUCGAUACUUGUGGGUGGAUGCUCUUUGUAUUAUACAAGAUGACAUGGCUUUGAAGUCGCAGCUGAUCGCUUCCAUGCACUUAGUGUACGGCGCAGCUGAAGUGACAAUUGUAGCCGUGGAUGGACUACAUGCGAAUGCUGGCUUACGGGGUGUGCGACCAGGAACUCGCCACAUCGACCAGACCUCCUUCUCCACAGGCGCAGGUUCCCCUCGCAUACUCCCAGGACUCCCCAGGGUGGACGGGGUAGUGGGCAGCUCGAGAUACAACGAGAGAGGAUGGACCUUCCAAGAACUGCACCUCUCGCGAAACAUACUUUACAUCAGUGCAACUGCAGGCGCGUGGUUCCGCUGCAGACAAGGCAUUCGCUGCGAGGAGGGAAUACUGGAAGACGCGGCGUGCGGACAUGCCGGAUGCCAGGAUGAACAGCACGCUCGACUUGUCUCAGAACCAGACGGCAAUCCGGCGUUGAUGAGCUGCGAAGCGGAACUUCAAUGGCAUCCCGGGGGUUGCACUUGUGGCCAAAGACAAAGGGAGAGAUUCGAGACACAGGAAGUCGUGAACCCAGUGACAGGACCGACUUCUGGCGAGCCCGUAGAAGAUGUCUUCGGUCCGCUCAACGGUGGAUCCUGCACAGACUGCGACCACUUCGAACACAGCUUCCACAACUACAGCUCGCUAGUCCGCCAAUAUACCUCGCGAAGUUUGACAAACCACUCUGACCGCCCAGCCGCUUUCGCCGGUCUUGCAGCAUUGCUUCAGAAAACCCAUCAGACGAGCCUGCUGUACAGCAUACCGGAGCAGUACAUCGACCAAGGCCUGCUCUGGCGGCCUCUGAACAAUUCUGCAUUGCCUCAUCGCAGGGUUGAAGGCAUGCCGAGCUGGAGCUGGGCGGCGUGGGAAUGUCCAGUGCGGUAUAUUACAUAUCGAUGGAUGACCACAGAAGUCGACUGGUAUAUCUACGGUGAACAGACAGGGUCACGGCCAGUGCGCAGUGUGAAGCGCUACGGGACUUCGAUCCCAUUGCGAGAGGACUUCCGGAGACCAGUCACCAUGGACCAACUAGCCGCCCACAACCUCCUCGAACCUUCCUCACCCGGUCCGGAACUCGUAGCCUGGUGCCCCCUCUCCACCGGCUUCUUCUACACCCGCGGCCACAAGCUCAUCUCCCUCCACCCCGCCCACAUGGGCCUCCCCGGCCACGACGUCCUCUUCAACGACGCCACCCCGCGGGCAGACGAUCCAGAGAUGCGGCCUGUGGAGCUUCUGUUCUUGGCACAGGCGGGCGGGAGGGUGUUCUGGGAGGACAUGAAGCCGAAGGCGUCAGGGAUGCCGGGUUAUUGGGAUGAGCUGGAGAUGGCUGGGUAUGCGUUGGUGGUUGAGAGAGAUGGGGGUGUGGCGAGAAGGGUGGGAUUUGUGAGGAUUGGGGAGUGGAGGCUGUGGAGGGAUGCGCCGAGGGAGUGGGUGCUGCUUAACGACUACAAGGAUGACGGGACGAACGUUCUUCUGGACGCCAACGAAAAUGCCUACGGUCCUGGACUGGCGUUGAGCGAAGAUGGCAAGCUCGCAAACGGCGAUGCGUCCAAUAUCGAAGUCGACCUGCUUGGCCUGAAUCGCUACCCUGAUCCCCACCAGCACGACCUCAAGCAACUCCUCAUCAACCUCCGCAACACCCACGUCCACACCCAAAAGUCCCUCACCCCGGCCAACCUCUUCGUCGGCGUCGGCAGCGACGAAGCCAUCGACGCCCUCCUCCGCGCCUUCUGCACCCCUGGCAAGGACAAAAUCCUUACCUGCCCACCAACCUACGGCAUGUACACCGUCUCCGCCAGCGUCAACGACGUCGGCAUCGUCAAAGUUCCCCUCAACCCCUCCGACAACUUCAACGCCCAGCCCGACCUCAUCAACAAGACCCUCUCGGAGGACCCAUCAAUCAAACUAGUCUACCUCUGCUCCCCCGGCAACCCGACCGCCAACCUCAUCCGCAAAUCCGACGUCCAAGCUAUCCUGGAGCACCCAACCUGGAACGGCGUCGUAGUGCUCGACGAAGCCUACAUUGACUUCUCGCCCGAUGGCUCCUCGCUCGCCGAAUGGGUCGCCGAGUGGCCGAACCUUGUGGUCAUGCAGACGCUCUCCAAAGCCUUCGGGCUAGCAGGAAUACGGCUGGGUGCGGCUUUUACUUCUCCGGAGAUUGCAAGGUUGUUGAAUAGUCUGAAGGCGCCGUAUAAUGUUAGUAAUCCGACGAGUCAGAUUGCGAUGCACGCGCUGCGGGAAAAGAAUCUUAAUGUGAUGCGAGCAAAUCGGCAGCGCAUCAUUGAGCAGAGGGAUAGGAUGCUCAAGCAGAUGCCAGGGAUCCCCGGGGUUGGGCGGUUUUUAGGUGGACGGGAGAGUAAUUUCUUGUUGGUGGAGAUGUUGGGUCUGGACGGCAAAGCGAGCAACGAGGUGGCGUUGCAGGUCUACGAGCGGCUGGCAGAGAAUCGGGGCGUGGUGGUGCGGUUCAGGGGAAAGGAGGUGGGGUGUCUCGGGUGUUUGAGGGUUACAGUGGGGACGGAGGAGGAGGUUACGAGAUUCUUGAAGGAGCUGAGGGAGGUGUUGGCGGAGAUCUAUGAGGGAAGGGAGAGUAGGCCGAGUAAGAGGGUGGAGGAGAAGAGGGAGAAGGAGGCUAAUGGGGUUGUUGCUUGA